AUGGACGUAUUAACACUUGAGGAUAUUCAUUAUAGUAAACGGGGAGUUCCAGUUAAGGCGGUGGUUAAAAUAGCCAGUAGUGGCAUAGGAAUCAAGGAACAAUCAAGUUCUGAGAUUCAUACGAUCAAAGCCGAUGAAAUUAAGGAGAUUGUUGAGCAUUAUGGCGUGCUGGCCCAUGCACUGCGGAUUACAAAGAAGGACAACUCAGUCUAUAUCCUAGACGGUCUUUCUCCAGAUGCUUUAGAGAAUACUAAACAGUAUGCUAAAAAGCAUUAUAAGCUAAAUCUGUACCACCGCAGCUUAGCUGUAGAUGGAAAUAUAGGAGGAGCGAUUGAAGUGCAAGAUGCUUACAUAGAAAUGAAGGUCCAGGACAAGACUCUGUUUGAAGUACCUUUGGAUGCAGUUUCUAAUGCUUAUGAGCGGCGAGGAGAAGGCAUUAUUGAUAUUAACGAGAAGUACUAUGGUGUAUCUGAGAUAAGGUUUGGGUCUGUGCAUGACGAGAGCAAUGUAUCACGGCUGAUUGCUCAGAUCAAGAACUCAACGGCCUCAAGUACGCAGGUGGAGAUCUUGUCUUUAGAAGAGGUUUCUUGUGUUCUGCCACGUGGAAAGUCAAAGCUCACUCUCACCGAUACGGCUAUUCACUUGAUUGGUAAGACAUACAGCCAUCAGAUUAUGUUUAGCGCGAUUGAGCGCAUGUUUGCCCUGGAAAGGAGUCCGGAAGAGAGUGCGGAGGAAAUGGUUUACUUGAUUUUGGAGCUAAGUACACCAAUUAGACAGGGCCAGACAAGAUACCAUUUUAUCAAUCUCUUACUGCCUGAGGAUCUAGUCAACAUUGGGUUGGGGCAAAAUGGCCAGAUUGAGUACGAAGAUGAGAUUCAUGAGGGAAAUGAAGGCAACGAAGGCAAGAAAGAAGGAGAAGGAGGGGAUGGAGAGGAUAAAGGUUCCAAGGAAGGAGAGCAGAAGGACGGUCUUACAGAAGAGGACAAAGCAAGUAUUCUGAGUCUGGGACUGCAGCUGAACUACAAGGGACCACUGGCUUCCUGCUUCGUGGAGAUUCUGGAGAUUAUGGUCCGCAAAGAGGCUAAUAAGACGGGCACCUUCUCAACAGUUAGUGGCGGGAAGACGCUUAAGUGUUCUUCUAAAGCCAAUGAAGGGUAUCUCUACCCGCUGAAGAAAGGGUUUUUGUUUAUUCCCAAGAUUGCCUAUAUUAAGUACAGUGCGAUAGAAAUGGUGGAGUUUAGUCGGGUGAAUUUAAGCUCGCGGACGGCCAAGACCUUUGACAUGCGGGUAGUCUUGGAGGACAAGAAAGAGCAUAUGUUCAAUGGAAUUCAGAAGACGGAGUUUGCGGCGCUUGAGUCGUAUUUGGCGCAGAAGAGCGUUAAGUAUCGCAGUGAAGUAGUAGGCGGAGCAUGGGAAGAAGAAGCCGCCGGCUCGGAAGAGAGUGAGGACGAAGAAACUGCUAGUGAUGAGACGAGUGAGCUUGAAUCGGGCUCGGAAUCGGCUGAGGAAUAA